ACGAAACUCCCGUCGAUUUUUCAACGACCCCUUCCCGACUAGUCUUGCGCGAUCUUCGUCUGAGAAAGAUUCAGUUUUUGAGUCAAUCCGAGGUUCUGAACUCGCGACGGAUCGAACGAUUCGAUUUUGGUUUGAGGGGAGUUUCCCGGCGAAGCAGGCGAUGUAAGUAUUACUUCAAUUUCCCCAGCUUUCGGGUCGUGUGGUUGUUCCAGCUUCCGGCAGUUGAUCGUAUCUUGCAAUGCGGAUGUUCCUUUCUGGAUUCGUGAAUUGCGGAGGCUGUUGGGAACUUAUCCUAGGACGGGAUGUCUCUGCGAAGGUGAAUUGUUGGGUGAUUUGAUGGUUUUGGUGCUCAAAGAAGGGGAAAAAAGAUUGGGAAUUUCGAUAGGAGGAGGAGAUGACGAGUAAAGUUUGGAGAUGGGUUUUGGGGUUGAUAUACAUAGUUGCCGUGGCCACCAUUUGGAUUGCUGCUAGUUAUGUGGUUCAAUCCGUGGUCGAUUCGGGAGUUUCGCCUUUCCUCAUCACGUAUAUAUGCAAUUCCUUGUUCAUCGUGUACAUUCCCAUCUUUGAAAUCGGGCGCUAUGUGGAGGAUAAAUAUGGGAGUUUAUGGUUCUGGUGGAAUAGGAAGCGUGGUGAUGGUAGCCCUUUGAAAGGAUCGGGGGAAUCGGAGAAGGCGAAUUUACUUGCGGGAGGUGAUUUGAGUGCGAGAGCUGAUGAUCCGAAUCCAUCCACGUCUGCGGAGGAAGGCGAAAUAAGUCAUCAUGCAAAAGAUGUUUAUGUAGGAUCUGAGCAUGAGAGUGAAGGGGCUUUGCAUGAUCAAGGUGUAAUGAGUGAAGUUGUUGAAAAGGGAGUGGAUGCAAAGGGACGUUGGACAAGGAUGAGAGUCGCGAAAGUUAGCCUUCUCAUUUGCCCAUUUUGGUUCUUUGCGCAGCUCACUUUCAAUCUGUCCUUAAAGUACACUACCGUCACGUCAAACACUAUCUUGAGCAGUGCAUCAAGUCUAUUCACCUUUUUGGUCUCUCUUGCGUUCUUGGGAGAGAAAUUUACCUGGGUAAAGCUGAUCAGCGUUCUUCUUUGUAUGGGAGGAACAAUCAUUGUUAGUGUGGGUGACUCCCAAACAGAUUCUUCAGUAAGUGCAACUGCGACAAAUCCUCUUCUUGGAGACAUCCUUGCUCUUGUCUCAUCUGCCCUGUAUGCUGUAUACAUCACCUUGAUUAGGAUUAAACUACCUGAUGAUGAUGAGAAGCAAGAGCAAGGUCAAGUCAGCAUGGCUCUGUUCCUUGGAUACUUGGGGCUGUUUAACCUCUUGAUAUUCCUUCCUGUCGCCCUUGUGCUUAAUUUUGCUAAGCUGGAGCCAUUUACUAACCUUAACUGGGAGCAAGUUGGUCUAAUUGUUGGUAAAGGUUUGCUAGAUAAUGUGCUGAGUGAUUACUUGUGGGCCAAGGCUGUUCUUCUGACUACUACCACCGUUGCAACCGCUGGUCUUACCAUUCAAGUUCCAUUGGCAGCUGUUGUAGAUUCAUUGACUGGCAGUGCGCCUAAUCUCAUGGAUUACCUCGGUGCUGUUGCAGUCAUGAUCGGAUUUGCAGGCAUCAAUAUACCUUCUGAUGCUUUCAGCAGAUCAAAAGAAGCCAGUGUUGAUCUCGAAAAUGAAGACAUUGGUAACCAAGACCGUGCUGCUUUGCAUACUGAGAAAUCAGAGGCAGUUUCCUAGCACGAGGUUUUCGAGCUGACAAAGCAAUUCUGCGUGUGAAGAUAUAAUAUGCCAUUUUUCAAAGGGAAAGUUCUUAAAGGAGCAUUAACUUCUCGUUCCCAGUCUCUGACUCCAUCCGUAAGCUACACAUGAGACUCUCUCCAUUAUUGUAGUUACAACUCAGGUGCACCUCGAAUUGCUUAUGCUCUGAAAGAAUGCAAAUUGUCUUCUCGAUCUCAGUCAAGAAGUCUUCACUGGUCAAUUAGGGCCACUGUACACUUAGAUGAGAGAGCAGGAGCACUCUAAAGAGAAUGAGCUGAGCUUGAUCAAUAUUUGGAACAGUGAAUCUCAGAUGAAGCGGUGAUGUACGAUUUUUCGAUUGAAGUAUAUUGUACUUGAAGAACUUUGUACUGCCUAAAUAAAUGGAGGCCAUUCGAUUGAUUUUCAGUA